AUGAGCUUCACAAAAGAAUAAGAUGCAUGAGUUAUAUGUGUAUGGGUUUUCACAGCCUGUGUUGUGCUCGGGGUCGCGCAGCUGCAGAGGCCCCAGUGGGCGGGACGGGACGGGACGGGACGCGGGCCCGCGCCUCAGGUACCGAGAUAGCGGCCACCAAAGGGCGGCCACGGUGUAAAGGAGGGGGAGAGGACACUUCACCAUCACCAUCAUGUCGGAGCGACAGGGCGUCAAGGGCUGCAGUGGCGCCGCCGCAGCCGAGGAGCGGGGGGAGGAGGAGGAGGAGGAAGAUGCGGCGGCGGCGGCGGCGGCUGCCGGUGCCAGGGCCGGCCGCGACCUAAAGGAGUGGCUGCGGGAGCAGUUCUGCGACGGGGCGGCGGAGGACGGCACGGUGGACACCCGGCUGCACGACGCCACCUACGUGGGGGACCUGGCCACCGUCGCCGCCCUGCUGAAGGAGGACCACUUCAGGAGGAGAAUCAACGAGAAGUCGGUCUGGUGUUGUGGCUGGCUGCCGUGCACUCCCCUGCGCAUUGCUGCCACUGCGGGCCACGCUGACUGCGCGGAUUACUUGCUCAAGCAAGGAGCUGAGGUGGACUUGGUUGAUGUCAAGGGACAGACUGCGCUGUACGUGGCUGUUCUGAAUGGCCAUUUGGAAUGUACCCGCAUCCUCGUAAAGGCAGGUGCUGACCCGAAUGGAAGUUGCCACCACCGCAGCAAGCCUGUGUAUCAUGCCUCCCGUGUGGGCAGAGCGGACAUCCUCAAAGAACUAAUCAAAUAUGGUGCUAAUGUUGAUGUUGAUCAUCAUUUAGCCAGUCGCGUCUCAGCACCUGCUGCUCGAAGAUUUACAUCACUAGGAGUGUGCCCACUCUAUAUCAGUUCUGCCUAUCAUCAUCUCCAGUGUUUCAAGUUGUUACUGAAAGCCGGAGCUAAUCCCAAUUAUAACUACUGGGGACAGGUGGAUGUUAAGGCCUUUCCCAGGGCUUCGCCCACCUGCAUUCUGGAUGCGGUCCUGCGGCAUGGAUGUGAUGUACAAUUUGUAAAAUUUUUGAUCGACUUUGGUGCUAACCUCAACCUGGUUAACUGGGAGGGCUUGGAUGCUGAAACAAUGGGCCGCAUGAAGGUGAAGGAGGAGGCCUUGCAGUUCUUCAGAGCAGCAAAAGGUACUCCUAGGACAUUGACCUCUUCCUGCCGCGUAGUCAUUCGCAGAGCCCUGGGGAAGUUUCGUCUUGAUCUGAUCCAAACACUGCCUAUACCAGACACGGUCAAAAUCUUCCUGUUACAUGAAGACACCUGAAUGAGGAUCACAUCUUGCUGCUCUGCAGGAUUUCUGUUGGAUUGAAACUUCACUGUGCUAAUCUGGGGCAGCACUAUCACAGGAAAUUCUGGUUUCUGCCUCACUAAUAUGAUGUAAUGUAUCUUUGAGAGCGAUGUUUUGCUUUCCUGUUCUUUAUUCUCCAUGUAAUAGUUCAAAUGAUUUGUCCUGUUAUGAUUCAUGGAAUUCUGCAUUCAUGGCAUUUGUAAAAAGAACAAACAAUUCACAAAGAAAUGGCCAUGUCCUCAAUCAACAACAAUGUCGGCAUAAAACAAGCCUGGAAUAAUAUCCAGUAUCUCUUGGCGAAUUUAAGGCAUCAAUCAAUCUUCGUAACAUUAGGUAGGUUAAUCAAACUAGUCGCUGAAAUCCUCAUUGAAUUCCUACCUUUUUUCUUGUUGAUAACAAAAAGGAUAUUUUGGAAUUUUCCGUGAGUACAUACCUGGUGGAAUAAGCAGAGUGAUUUCACUUGUGAUAAGCAGAGGCAUUAGCUGUAACGUUACCUAUAGAAACAUAGAGACAUAGAAAAUAGGUGCAGGAGUAGGCCAUUCAGCCCUUCGAGCCUGCACCGCCAUUCAAUAUGAUCAUGGCUGAUCAUCCAACUCAGUAUCCCAUCCCUGCCUUCUCUCCAUAUCUUUUAUCUGUUCUACAUUGGGAUGAAUCCCAAUUCAUUUUACAUGAACUUCCAAAAGAUUGAAAAUGGUGUAGGUAUAAUUAAUUAAACUAAUGGAACAAUGUACGGUUUCCUCUGAAAUGUUUUACAAAAGCACUGUUAGAAGUGGGGCAACAUAUUGCUUACUCCCUGAUGACUUUGGUUUGAGCUGAGCAACAGCAAUUGGAUAAAACUCUUGUUCUGUCAGGUCAAAUACAGCAAGUUAUCAUCUUUUUUUAUUAUUGUGUAUUCACAGGAAGUGACUAUUAUUGGUAAGGCUAGUAUUUAUCUGCUUGCAUGGUUUGGGAGUUGAAUGUAACCUUUGUUCCAUCUUGAAGAAAUCUGCAGUUUGUGUUGAAGUUUUGACAAUUUUUCUUAUAGCAUGUUGGCCGACUUGGUUGUACUCACUAGACACAGUACAUAAUGAAUGCUUCUUCCAAGUCAUGGCAUAGCUGGUCCACCAAAUUAAUUGUUCAGCUACUUGUCACAAAUGAUGCAGAAAUUAGGAAUCAGUGUUUGUUUUUGUUAGGUAUGCACAUGGCAAUGAGAUGCUUUGGGUAUUAGGUGCCACAGUAGAUUUAUCCAUUAGAUGUAAUGAUGGACACAUAGUUAUGAUGAUUUGUUGAUAUGCUCUUGCUAAAAGUACUGAGCAUGGCUAUCUACCUUGAGUUAUUGUCACACAUUAGUUCUUUUUUAGCUUAACCUGUGAUUUAUACCUCUUAAUGCUCUCUGGUUUAUUCAUUUACCACUGUAGUAAUUCCUCGAUUUACAAAGGGUUCUGGAAAAUGUUUCAUUAAAUUAAUAAGAAAAACCUUUUGGAUUUUCAAAAUUUUGCUUGAAGAUACACAUUUGGGUUGUGUUACAGAACUUACAAUUAAAACAAUCUACAAUGAUUGGAAAUAAAAUAUAAUUUAACGUGUAAGAUAAUGACAAAUAAUGUCCCUUUUUAGGUUGAAGUUGAAGUGGUAGCUCUGAUUGUUGGAAUGGUGGAAGGGAGGUGAGAAGUUGAGGUGUUACUGGUGUUCAUUUGCUGCUGCUGGUGAAUCUGGGUUCAGUAGACAUUGUGACAUUGAUGCAAGGAUUAUUUUGCGUGACUUUUCCUGGCUGGUUGAAGAACAAGGCUUUAAGGAGUUUUCAGUAAAAAUCUGGUUGGCUAUCCUUUCUCACCAGAUAAAGUUCCUUACGGCAAAUGGUGGGGGUGGUUUGUGUUGCUUGGCUUUUGUUCCUCUUGAGAUCCCUGUUGCUUGAGCGCUAAUAUCUUAUUUUUAGCUCUGCAGCAUAAGAUUCCAUCGUUUGCCAUGUCACAUUGAUCUACUUCAAAUUGAUUGCCAACUUGACAAUAUUUUCUCUGAGAUUUUUCAGGUUUGUUAACCAUUACUGUUGCCUAGGUUAUAUUUUCCCAAGAGAUACUGUUGUAGUCUUUGGCUAUCUUGAUAUUGUACCUCGUCCCAAAUUUCCAGAAUGGUUUGUUUGCCUUUGCAGUUCAACUCCAAAAUGGGAUACCUCAUUACAGGCUACAGUUAACAAGCCUAGAAGGUAAUAGUAACCACCUUUUGUAACAGCAGAGUGGUGUUAGGGAUACUGUAACUAUCUGGAUGUUACCAGCCCUUUCCUGCUUAUGCAUUGCCAACAAUGAACAAGGCUUUGCCUCACACAACAGGAUUCAGUGAAGUGAGAGAGAAAUGAAGUAAUGUAAUCUUGGAAUAACAAGGUUUGUCUUUUUUUUUGUUGCAUUGCUACAUCACUAGAAGAUUAGUUGCUGAAUAUUCCUCUAGAGCCCUCAGAUUUUCUGCGUGAUAGACUAAGGGAGACUAAAGUUCACAGUUGCCCUCAAGGAGACUGUAAGUCCAAUGAGAAAUGUCAGUGAUCUUUCACUGUCAUAAAGUCUGGAACAUUUUUCUCGUGCCUUAAAUGAACAGAUGUGAGGACAUUCUCUUCCAAAGGAGCCCUUUCUCAUCCACAUUAAAUACUUGUUUAGGAGAGAGGACAGCAUCCUCAAUAAUUAAUGUUGGCUCCUUGGAAUGAUUUUCUACAAGCAGACGUUUAAUUGUUUAUUCAUUUCUUACAUCAUUACAUGUCUUUCCUUCAUAACAGGCAAUGCGCUUUCUGGAUACAAAGUGGUAUUUUGUCCAGGUUUUAAGGAUUUUGAUUGAAUGACCAGUAAACAUUCAUCCUUUUUUCACUUCUAUAACUUGGAUUCGGCAUGGUAUUAAAGCAAAUUUGUUGCUUAGAACAACUGCUGGAUGUUUUGAUGCCAUCUUCAAGGUUGCACAAAAUAAAUUCCAUUAAAUCAUUGCAAUCUCUUUAGAGUGCAUUACGGGCAAAGACUUUUGUAUUAUUUUCUACAGCAAACAGUAAUUCCAUAAAUUAAAGACACAUAACCCCCAAAGAG